AUGCAAAUUCUUAAAGAUGUUAAACCGAUAAUUGAAAAUGAACCAUCAUUACUUGAAGUACCAUUACCAUGCGUUAUUGUUGGUGAUAUACAUGGCCAGUAUGAUGAUUUACAACGAAUAUUUAUGAUGACCGGUGAUAAGGGUCGUAGUGGUAUCACAAUGCGUCGUUAUGUAUUUCUUGGUGAUUAUGUUGAUCGUGGUCCUAAUUCAUUAGAAUUAUUUGCAUAA